AUGCCAGCUCAAUUGACUUUAAACACUUCAGAAAUCGCUUUAAACACCGGGGCAAAGAUUCCACAAGUUGGUUUGGGAACAUGGCAAGCCACCGAAGAAGACGCUGCAUACAAGGCAGUCUUGGCAGCCUUGAACAAUGGCUACAAGCACAUUGACACUGCAGCCAUCUACAAGAAUGAAGAACAAGUUGGAAAGGCAAUUGCUGAAGCAAAACUUCCAAGACAAGAAUUGUUUGUCACCACCAAGUUGUGGAAUGCUGACCACAAGCGCGUUGAAGAGGCAUUGGACGAAUCAUUGAAGAAGUUGGGUCUCGACUAUGUAGACUUGUACUUGAUUCACUGGCCAGUAUCCAAGAACCCAGAAACUGAAGAGCCAUACACCGACCACGAUUUCGUUGACACUUGGAAAACAUUGCAAAAAAUCUACAAGGAAGGCAAGAAGGUCAAGGCCAUUGGUGUUUCAAACUUUACCGUCAAGAAAUUGGAAAAGUUGUUAAACUCUGAGGGCGUUGAUGUCGUUCCCGCAGUCAACCAAGUAGAGGCACACCCAUUGCUCACACAACCUGAAUUGGUUGACUACUUGAAAUCCAAAAACAUUGUUUUGGAAGCAUACUCUCCAUUGGGCUCAACCGACUCGCCACUUUUCAAGAACAAGACCAUUGUCGAGAUUGCUGAAAAGAAUGGAGUAGAGCCAGCACAAGUCUUGAUCUCAUGGGCCGUACAAAGAAACACCGUUGUGCUUCCUAAAUCCGUCACUGAGUCAAGAGUCAUCUCCAACAUCAAGACAUUCACCUUGUCAAAGGAAGACUUUGAGGCAUUGAACAACCUCUCGGAGAAAGAUGGCGUUGUUAGAACAUGUAACCCAAAGUUUAACAACUUUGAUGAUUAA